UCUUAAAGGGGCCCUAGCACUGGCUGCCAUCAGCCAUGGCUCCCAAAAAGAAGGCAAGCAAGGAGCCUGAGGUCAAGAAGAAGAAAGGGGGCAAGAGGGAUCCCAGCGCGGCCAACAAGCCGGUGGAAGCGCCCUUGGCCGAGCAGAUGCGGGAGUUUUACCACAACCAGAUCCGAGACCUGGAGGACAGGCUGGCCCGGUACCAGCGGAAGUGGGAUGAGCUGGCUGUGCAGGAGAAGCUGUUCCGCCAGGAGUUCGAGCAGCUGGCCAACAACAAGAAGGAGAUUGUGGCCUUUCUCAAGCGCACACUCAACCAGCGGGUGGAUGAGAUCACAGACCUCAAUGAACAGCUCCAGAGCCUGCAGCUGGCCAAGGAGCUGGAGAAAGACGCCUUCGAGGCACAGCUGGCCCAGGUGCGCCAUGAGUUCCAGGAGACCAAGGACCAGCUCACCUCAGAGAACAUCAUCCUUGGGGGGAAGCUGGCAGCUGUGGAGGAGUUCCGGCUGCAGAAAGAGGAGCUCAUGGAGAAGUUCAUGCUGCUGGAAGACCAGCUGCGGAAGCAAGAGAGUGACUACAAGGACUACGUGCACACCCUGGAGAAGAAGUCGGUGCUGGACAAGGACAGACUGAGGAAAGAGAUCAUUCAGCGCGUGAACCUGGUGGCCGCCGAGUUCCGCAAGGUCGCCACGAGCCAGAUGUGGGAGACGACCAGACGGGCCAUCCUGGAGAACAGCAGCGUGACCCUGCAGCUGGCCAGGACGUCUCGGCACAGCAAGCAGCUGCUGCAGGAAAACGAGCAGCUCAAGGGCAGCCAGGACGAGCUGUGCAAACAGCUGGAGCUGCUCGAGAGCUCCCAGAAGGUCAUGGCACGCAACAGCAGAGGCCACCACAAGAUCAUCCUCAUGCUGACCAAGAAGUGUCAUGAGCAGGAGCAGGGUGCCGCUGAGGCCAAAGAGCUGCGCCUCCUGCUCAGCCGCCUGGAGCAGAGUUUCCUGCAGCUGCAGACUGACAACCAGGCCCUGAGGAGCCAGAGAGACCAGCUGAGCCUGCAGCUGGAGCAGCAGCAGGGGGAGGCCCAGCGGCUACAGGAGGAGCUGAUCCAAGAGCAGAAGGCUCGGGGCUCACUGGAGACGGCCCUGACCCAGGCCACCUCCUACCUGCAGGACAUUCUGCAAAUGCAGACAGACGAAGAGGACGGCGACUUCGACGUGGUGUUCCAGAUGCAGCACAAGGAGAUGCUGCAGCAGCUGCUGGCCAUGCUCAGAGCGGCCGCAGUCCUGAGAGCCCAGAUCCCUGAGGGGCCCCGUCUGGAGGCCCAGCCCCAUCGCACCCUCAGGGAGAGCAGACCCAGCAUCCAGCCACCCAAGAUGGGCUCCCUGCUUCAGCAGCUGUCUAGCUUUGCCACCUACCAGCCAGGGAAUCUGGGCCUGGUGCCGCGCCGCACCCACAUCCCGCCCAACCCCCAGGACCUCAGGCUGCUCUCCUAUGCCACCCGCAUGGGGACCUUCCGAGGGCACAGCAGCCUGGAGAUCCACACUUCCAAUCCUCUAAAAAGGCUCAAAAGGCUUAGUCUUCCUGAAGUUCCCCUACAUCCAAAGUAGGACAGAGAGAAGACCAAG